AUGCGGGCUGGCAGUCUGCUGGUCCUGGCACUGCCCGUGUCCUUGGGGCAGCUCUUCAAAUCCUCGAGGAACGUGUACGAGCUAGAUGCUCAGAGGGUGGAAGCGGAGGUGGCAGAGUCCAGGAGUCCCUGGGUGAUGAUGUACUAUGCGGACUGGUGCCCGCACUGCCAUCAUUAUGCUCCGAUCUUCGAGAGGAUUGCAGGACAGAUCUCCCCGUUGCAUCAGGGCGCUGUGAGCUUCGGUGCGGUGAACUGCCCAGACUUCACGGCCUUUUGCACGAAGAUCCAAAUCCAGGGCUACCCCACGGUUCGGACCUAUCACUUCACAGGUGACGUAGGUGCCUCCCUUGCCGGCAAGACUCCUGAUCGGCACAUUGUCCACUCGGAGGCACAGUUCACGGCUUGGAUCACUCGCAACGCGCCAGUGGUCGAAAGCAAUGCAAGCAGCGAGCAGACGAAGGUCCAGGAGCCAAGCGUCAGCAACUCCUCUCAGGAGCUGAGAGGCCAAAAUACUCGCGGCGCACUCAAGGCCAAGGAGGCGGAGGAGCUGCAGAAGCCCUGGGCCCAUGAGGUGCUCCCGGAUGCGAUGGCGGCAAUGCGCCUCGCGGAUGCCGAGGUUGCCCUGCUCUACUCCCUGCGGCAGGGCACUUUUCUCAAAGGCUCCAACGGGGAGCUGAAGGGCGACUCACUGGUGGAGCUCCUUCGCUGGCUGGACUACUUGGCCCGUACCUUCCCAGGUGGGCGGAAGCAGCUGCGGCAGCUUGCGGAGGCAACCCACCAGGCAGUGUCAAUGUCUUCGGCUGGCAACGCGUUGUCCGCGGAGGCCUUUGGGAAGCUUUUGGACAACCGGGGCUUGGACCGGAUCCCGGCAGAGGCUGGUCAUAAGCCAGAGGCCUACUGGAGGAAGUGCCGCAGCUACACCUGCAGCCUAUGGACGCUUUUCCACGUGCUCAGCGUUUCGGAGGCGAAGAGCGCCGCGCCAGAAACUGCGGGCCAGGAUUUGUUGGCCCGCAUGCGUGGAUUUGUCGCCUUCUUUUUCGGCUGCGACUACUGCCGCGACCACUUUCUCGAGGCCUUUGAUAGCUGCAAGCUAGGGCGGUGCAAGCUGAGUGCGGAGGAUGUGUCGGGGGCUGCCUUGUGGAUUUGGCAGAUGCACAACGACGUGACUCUCCGUGUGGCCGCAGAGAACUUUCGCCCAAUUCCGACUUUGUGGCCUCCUGAGGAGGACUGCCCAGAAUGUUGGGACAAGAAGAGUCCGAGCGGCUUCAACUCUGCAGCUGUUCUUGCGCACUUGAGCGCGGAGUACGGCAGUGCAGAGUGGCACGAAGAUACGCCGUGGCUUUCAGGGGCCUGGACUGCGCAUGGCGCUGUGCCUUUGGCGCUGGUCUCUGCGCUGAUGCUGGCAUUUGGAGCCUUCAAGCUUAUGAGCCGCUCGAGCCACGAGCCUGCUGCGCGAGGCAAAGACACCAAGGGCAGCUAG